UGCCGUCAGUUGUUAUUUUGUAGCGCUGCGUGCUGGUCGUACCCAACGCGUUUUUCACCUCUAGCCACGCACUUCAAUUUGUUUGUUAACACAUUUUUCGUUACUUUGCGUGUUUUCUAAUUGUCAUAAAAUACGAUUUUUGCAGCGAAAACCGAAUAAAAAAAAUACACAAAAUGCAGCAAAAAGCCGAUGAGAAAAUGGAUCCAUUAACACGUAUUCAGGAGGAAAUCAAGGAGGUGGUGCGACGCGAGGAGGAAUAUCGCCAGCUGACAUCGGCUGUUAGGGCAACCUCUCCGCCGAUCGCCGUGAACUUUGCACUGAAUGGCAAUGCCGGCGAGCUGGAGCAGCAGCAGCAGGAGGCUGGCCACGAUGAGGUGGAUCAGGGCGUGCUGGUGACAGCACAGCCGGCGUCGGUUACAUCGCUGCUGGUGCCCAUCGAGGAGCAAUCGCCAUCGAACACGCCCUCGCUGGCGUCCAGCGUCAAUAGCCACAGCAGCAGCCACAAGGAGGAGAGCUUGGACGAGCACCAUUCGGAUGACUCGGGCAUCUCGGCGUCCUCGCAGAAGACCAUCAAUAACGACAACAACAAGUCGGAGGGCAAGACUGGCCUGAAGCUGAACCUGGCCGGCAGGCAGGAGUCGCGCUACAUUGGCCCCAAUUGCUACAACAUGACGCCAGAGCCGCCGCAGCAGAAGCUGUUGACCCGGACACCGGGAACGCCGCAGCUGCAGCCACAGAAGCGCCAGUUCGCCUUCAAUGGCUCCACAAAGGGCGUGAUGCAGCGCUUCAUUGCCUCGCACGGAAAGCUCCAGCUGGGCCAGUCCGCUGGGCAGCCCCUGCUCUUGGCCAACGGCAACAGUCCGACCCUCAAGCUGAACUCGCGCAAUGCAUUGGCCUUCUUGGAAUCCGGGCAGACCUCUCCCCUGGGCAUCAACCUGGCCAACAACAACAACAUCAACGGCACUACCAACACCAACGGCAACAUCAGCAACGGCAACAUCAGCAUCAGCAGCAAUAGCAACAUCGAGCGGGACUCGGAGGGCAGGCCACUGAGACGAGGCUAUGUGCCCGUCGAGCAGAAGAUCCAGCGUGAGCUGCAGGACCUCAAAAGCCGCGAGACAGAGCUGAAGCGUCUGCGCAAGCUCAAUCGUCAGCAUAUGCUAGAGAAGCUGCAACUGAGCACAGACGACGAGGCCGAUGCCGAUGACGAUGAAGACGACUCCGAGGUGGAGCACUGCUAUGGUCCCGGCAAAUUGCGCAAUGCGCAAUCCACACUUGAGCUGGAAAGAGACAGCAACGAUCUGGAGCUAAUGGGCCUCAAGUCGGCGGGCAAUCGCAGCCUUAACGCCGCCACAGCUCUAUCGAAUGGUGGCGGCAGUAGCCAUGUUCUGAGCACAUCCGGUUCCAAUUCGGGCAUGCGUCCGGCCAUGUCGCUGGCCCAGCUCUGUGAUCUUACGCCGGAGGAGGCGCCCUCGUCGCAUCGCCUGAUCGCGCAAUGGGAGAGUUUGAUCAAGAAGAACGCUGAGGGUAUUGAGGCGGCCGUCUAGGCCACACCCAAGCAGAGCACACCAAAUUAUUAUUUUAAAUGUCCCAAGCACUAAGCACAGGAAAUCCAAAUUCCUGCAAGUCUUCAAAAUUAUCAAUUUUUUUUUUUGUUUUUGUAUAGCCAAGAUGGGCCAAUAUAUGAUAUAUAUAUAUAAAUAUAUAUAAUAAUGUCGAGUAUAGGGCAUGGAGUUGGGUGGGGGCUCCAUGCCUAUACAAUCAACGAAUUAGUAUUUUUUUAUUAAUGAAAAGAAGAGAAAGGAAAGGCAUGUACUUAUCUAAUGUGUAAAGAGCAAGAAAUACAAAUAGGUUCUUGAGGUCUGUUGUAAAUAAUUCUUCGUGCAAGUUUCAAGUGCAAGUUUCACCAAGUCUAUAUAAUUUAUUGAAUAUAACCUUACGUACUUAUACACAAAUAUACACCUACCUGUCUGUAGGCAUAUACCAUAACAUACUAUGCUAAAACACACACAUACGUACUUACGAUAUGCGCUAUCAAAACGAUUUAAUAAAACGUUUAUGCAAACCGAA